GCUGUGGUAGAUGACAUUCCCAGGUGAGGAUCCAGGUGGGUGCUGUGGCAGAUGACAUCCCCAGGUGAGGAUCCAGUGGGUGCUGUGGUAGAUGACAUCCCCAGGUGAGGAUCCAGGUGGGUGCUGUGGUAGAUGACAUCCCCAGGUGAGGAUCCAGUAGGUGCUGUGGUAGAUGACAUCCCCGGGUGAGGAUCCAAAAAUUGAAGCCAGAGAAGCCUGCGACUGGCUGAGAGCUGCUGGAUUUCCCCAGUAUGCUCAGCUGUUUGAAGAUAUGCAGUUUCCCAUUGAUGUAAAAACUGUGAGGAGAGAUCAUGAAUUUUUAGAUGGAGAUGCGAUUGAAUCACUGUUCAGAAGGUUGAACACAUUGAACAAGUAUGCAUCAAUGAAAGUGGAAAUAAGCCGUGAUAGGAAACGGAGUGAUGACUCUGAAGAUGAUGAGCCUUGUGCAAUAAGUGACAGAUGGGCUUAUGAGAGGUGCAGUCAGAGGUGGUCUCGCAUUGACAGCCUGGCAAGUUUUCCAGCAGAGGAAGGUGCUGGUGCCUCCACCCCAGGCAGUCCAGUACUGAAGAUCAUCAACAACCAGGACAGUGUCUUUCUGGAUCAUGGUGAGAAGCACGAUGUGUCCUCAGUUCACAGCACCAGCAGUGCCGACAGUGACAUUGUUAACUCCCAAAAACCUUUUGAAGAUGUGGAAACCAGCACGAGUUCCUCAAGAUGUUCCUCAGUUAAGGUACCUUCACUGGACUCUGCUUUUAGUUGUUCUCCUCCCCCUAGUGAAUUUUUAAAUAUCACCAGUGAGAAGUUUUUGGAUAAGUCACCGUCUAAAAAGAGGAAGAGCCUUCUACAGAAAAUGGAGAAGCUGCACUUAAGGAGCUGCAAUUUAAGGAGUGGUCAGACAAAGGCCAAACCCAUAAUAAGUGAACCUGUUCUUCUGGAAGGACUUAAUGAAGAAAAGAUGAAGAUGCUGAACUGUGUAAAUAUUUCUGACCUCUCUGUCAUCCGAACAAAGAACAAUUCUUCCUUUUCUCCCCAGAGCUGCAAUAGCAGCAAUCAGUCUGUAAAUAGCAGCACAGGGAGCACUCCAAGUCCUGUUAUAAAACCAGGCAGCCCCUGUGAAGGAAGGGGGACGUAUGCAGAGCACAUGAACUCCAGCAAGCUGUUGCUGGGGAAUGAUCUAUCCCAGCAAAACAUAAAAAAUGACAUGACAUUACAAAAGAACCAGAUGUUUCAAAUACCACAAGGCCAUAAACCUGGCACUUUCCCCACAGUACUUACAGAUAGCUCCCUAUCUCCAGCAGACAACUCUUCUGUCAACUGGAGAACUGGGAGUUUCCACGGGUGCAGGAGGAGCCGGAGCAGCAGUGGUUCCAAGGAUCCCAGAGCCCCCAGGAGUCCCCAGUCGGGCAGAGAUAACAGGCUGAGUGUGUAUGACAACAUGCCCAACACUGACCUGGAGAAUCUGCAGGCAGCACAAGUUGGUGAUGACGAUGUUUUUUCAGAACUGAACAGCGUCAUAGCAGAUGUCAAUGGUCUCAAAAAGUUGGUUGAUCAGUGGACAGAGAAGUUCUCAGACGAUGGGGAUUCUGACUUUGCCAGUGACUUGACCUCUUUGUAUCCACCCUCCCCUAAAGAAAGCUCUCUUGAAACAGAGGGCUCAGAAGAUAAGACAGCAGAGGAGGCUGAGGGAGAGAGCAGCUGUGGCCUGGGCAAGGAGAUUGGUUCUGCAGACCUGACAUACAUCACAGACUCUAAAAAGACCAACAGGCACAGGAAGCAACAGUGGUCUGUGGAAGAGAGUGUGAACCUGGAAAGCCUUUCCCUCCAGACUGAUGGCCAGUCAGCUGCCCAGCUGGCCCGCACACAAAAACUGGCAUUGUUGAAACUCACAGCUUUAAUGGACAGAUAUUCCCCUUCCAGUAAGCAGGGCUGGAACUGGACCAUACCAAAGUUCAUUAAAAAACCAAAAGCCUCAGACUACAAGGACAAAAAUGUGUUUGGGGUUCCUCUACUCCUGAAUGUGCAGCGAACAAGCCACCCCCUGCCCAAUGGCAUCCUGCAAGCCCUGGAGUAUCUGAGGAGCCACUUUCUUGACCAGGUUGGCCUGUUCCGAAAAUCCGGUGUUAAAUCCAGGAUUCUGUCUUUAAGAGAAAUGAAUGAAACCAACCCAAACAAUGUCUGUUACGAAGGGCAGUCAGCAUUUGACGUGGCAGAUAUGGUGAAGCAGUAUUUCCGAGACCUUCCUGAGCCUAUAUUUACCAGCAGGCUCUGUGAAUCCUUCCUCCACAUCUACCAAUAUGUGCCGAAGGACCAGCAGUUUCAGGCUGUCCAGGCUGCUAUUCUCCUUCUCCCAAAGGAAAACCGAGAAGCUUUGAAAAUCCUCCUGUUCUUCCUGCGAGAUGUGGUGGCUUUUGUUGAGGAAAACCAGAUGACCCCAACCAACAUCGCUGUCUGUCUUGCACCUUCUUUGUUUCACCUCAACAGCCUGAGGCGGGACAGCUCCUCCUCCUCAACCAGAUCCAGUCAGAGGAAGUGCAGCUUGGGGAAGCCAGACCAGAGGGAGCUGAACGAGAACCUAGCAGCAACGCAGGGCUUGGCCCACAUGAUAAUGGAGUGCAACAGGCUCUUCCAGACCGACUUCCCAGCUUGACCAUGGCCUUUGCCCGUCAUUAUGGACUUGCCUAGUGAUCCUUAGACUGUGGCUAACCCUGGUUGCUGUCCCGGACCUGAUCCUGACCUCCCUUGCUGACUCACCUUCCUGGCUCUGCCUCGGACCUCAUCGCCGUGGAUGUGUCUGAUGAUCUUUACUCUUGGCUGACCCUGGCUGCCACCUCUGGUCCAGCUCUGGCAGCGUGGGACAACUGGCCUGCCAACCCUGUUGUGUCACUUGACACCUGGCCCCUUUCCUUUAGGGGUGCUGUCCACACUCCAACAGUCAGCUCAGACCUUCUCAUGCUCUGCUCCAGUUUCUGAUCUGGGCUGGGGACACUGCCCCAUGGCUCCCCUGCACUGAUUCCACAACCAGUGCCUGGCUUC